AUGAACUUUGAUGUUCUCUUGGUUCUAUUGGUUGCUGAAACUCUUUUAACCAAUGAUCUUAUUUUACAGGCUAGAGGAUUGAAGAAGCACUUGAAGCGGCUCAAUGCCCCAAAGCAUUGGAUGCUUGACAAGCUUGGUGGAGCAUUUGCCCCCAAGCCAUCAUCUGGGCCUCAUAAAUCAAGGGAGCCAUUGAUCCUUAUUCUUCGAAACAGGUUGAAGUUAGGACGGAUAAAGCUGGCUUCAUGGUGGAUUGUGCCUAGCUCAUCUCUGGCACAUAGCAAUGUCUCCCAUCUUGCAGUUCAAGCUCUGCAAGGUCCGAUCAGUGCAGUUUGGGCAGAAAGGAAUUCCAACAUCAACACAUAUGAUGGGCGACCCAUCCGGAACCCAGAUCCUCGCAUAAAAUCCAAUGACACCAUCAAAUUGGAUUUAGAGACCAGCAAGAUCACUGACUUCAUAAAAUUUGAUGUUGGGAAUGUUGUGAGGCUGACGGGUGGAAGAAACACAGCACGUGAGGAGAAGCAUAAGGGGACCUUUGAGACCAUCCACGUCCAGGAUUCCCUUGGUCAUGAGUUUGCUACUCGGUUGGGAAAUGCUUUCACUAUUGGCAAAGGUACAAAGCCUUGGGUGUCUCUACCUAAGGGAAAAGUUAUCAAGUUGUCUAUUAUCCAAGAGGCUCGAAAUAGACAUGCAGCCCAGGCAGCCACCACCGCUUAG